UUGCAUUCUUAUACACAUUGCUUUCUUUUCAGACGUUGUGCGACCCCUGGACGUAACCAAUUCCGUGAUGCCAAUACACGAGCCAAACGUUCGCUUGAAGAUCAGGAUGCUGUAGAAGUUGUGUGCCGUCUAACGCCUUAUUACGGCCCUACACCAUGUCUUACCGUUGCUGAGGAGAAUGUCAUACGAUGCAUGCCCCCUUCUUCGAUGCAAAAACGAGAUGGAACACCAUAUCAACCGAAGGACUUCGAGUUCGGCUACGUUUUCGACGAAAGUGAUCGCCAACAAGUCGUAUUUGAGCGAUGUGCUGUCGACCUCAUAGAGCAUUUAUUGAACGGAAAAAAUGGCCUUCUCUUCACCUAUGGAGUAACUGGUAGCGGCAAGACGUAUACAAUGACAGGAAAACCUACACCAGAAGAGACAGGAUUAUUACCCAGAACUCUCGAUGUCGUGUUCAACAGCAUCGAUAAUAAGGUUGAUCGUUGCGUAUUCUAUCCAAAUGGUCGGAAUGGUUUUGGUAUUCGUUCCAAAAUGGAAGCUCAUCUUGCUAGAAAACAAGUUGAAAUGGAACGUCUUCAAAUAAGUAGUGAGAUUGAAGAGCGUUAUAUGGAAAGGAGAGUGGUUCCUGGAUAUAAUGAUAAUUAUGUAUGUUCUGUAUUUGUAUCCUAUGUGGAGAUAUAUAAUAACUAUUGCUAUGAUCUACUCGAAACCGAAAAAGGGAAGAGCGGCGUCGGAACGAGUGAUACCAUUCUCAACAAGGAGUCAUCACGUUCUCACUCUGUUUUUACCAUCCGCUUAGUGAUGGCCCCGUUUGACUCGACUAGCUAUUCUCUCCAUCCAGAUAGUGAUCCAAAUCGAAUUGUUGUGUCGCAGCUCUCGCUGGUCGAUCUGGCUGGUAGCGAACGAGCGAAAAGAACUCAGAAUGUUGGUGAUCGUCUUGCUGAGGCUGCAUCUAUCAACAAGAGCCUAAUGGUACUGCGACAGUGUAUUGAAAAACUGAGACGAAAUCAACGGUCUGCAAUCCAUGAGACGGUUCCAUAUCGCGAUGCCAAAUUGACUAUGUUAUUCAAAAAUUUCUUCGAGGGCGCUGGAAAAAUCCGUAUGAUUAUCUGUGCCAACCCAAAACCGUCUGACUUUGAAGAAAAUCUGAAUGUCUUAGCCUUUGCUGAAGAAUCGCAAGCUGUUCGAGUUGCGCGUGCAGACGAUCGCUUAGAAAUCGGUGAUGGUCCUCGACCACCAGUGCCUCGUCGAUUCUUUU